AUGGUUUCAGUCGGUUCUGAUACACCGUCUGAUACACGGAAGACGGCCAUUGAGCCAGUGGUAACUUCCCGGGAGAUAUCAAGCUCUCUCGUAUCCCCACAGCUGGAGGGUCAGUAUCCUGAACCACCGGCGUACCAUGUCUUCAGUAGAUCUCGAAAGUUGCAGAUGGUGUGUAUCGUCUCACUGGCCGCUAUCUUUUCUCCAUUGUCAUCUAACAUUUACUUUCCUGCACUGGGUGACGUCUCGAGGGCCUUAGAUAUCAGCAUGACCCUUGCCACCCUUACGAUAACGGUAUACAUGAUCGUCCAGGGUACUGCACCCACAUUGUGGGGCUCCAUUUCAGACGUCACAGGUCGACGUCCAGUCUUCAUUGGAACUUUCGUCGUUUAUAUGAUCGCCAAUGUUGCGCUUGCUAUGUCCAAAAACUAUGGUGAACUCAUGGCAUUCAGAGCUCUCCAGGCUGCUGGAAGUGCAGCCACGAUAUCGAAUGGUUUUGGGUGUAUGUUAGGGUCCUAUUUGAUCGGGUACUUGAUGGACUAUAACCACCGCCUGACCGAGCGGGAAUAUUGCGAGAAGCAGGGCUAUCCCGCUGGCACACGCGUAAAUCUCAAAUCUCAUUCUGACAUUUCCAAUUGA